GUAUUCCUCACUCCGUAAACUAUAUUAAAAACAACAGUUUUUCUAAUUUACCAACAAAGAUAAAUAAUGAUGUUUUUAACUUUAUAGAUAGUAAUCGUUCAUCCAUAUUGACGAAAAACAAGGUCGCUAAUAUUGGUAGUAGUGGACCUUCUAAUUUAUCAGUAAAUAAUACUUUUAAUACCAUUAACCGUAAUAAUAAUGGUAAUACUUCUAAUUUACCGACAAAAAAUAAUGUUUUCCAACCAGUUAAUAAUAGCAACAACGGUAGUGGUGGUGGUUCCUCUAAUAUGUCAGUAAAUAAUAACGAUUAUAAGCCCACUAGUCAUGUUAAUAGUAGUAGCUCUCCUAAUAUUCUUGAAGAAAAAUCUUCUAAUAUACCAGCAACUAAAGUUCUUGAGGAAAUGUAUAAGACACUGGAAUUGGAAAUUCCUCCAGUGUUUACGUUUCGUCAGGAAGUUUUUACACAAAAAUUUUUUUGCAGUGCUGGUUUUAUGAAUAAAUGGUAUGAUACAAAAGAAGCAUUUCCGAAUCAAGAAAUAGCAAGAGAAGCUGCGGCUCAAAGCCUAUUGAAGAUAAUUAUGGCUUCGAAAGAAUAUGAAGAUUAUCUUCAAGAAAAAGAAAAACAGGGUACGAACC